GAAUGCGAAUGUGUGCUGUUAAAAAGUGAUAAUAAAUCAUGAUUGGAUGCAGCCAGAGUCGCACGGUGUGUAAACAGCUGAUGAAUCUUCCACAGAUAGCGCAGCAGAAAUUUCUCCUGAAUCAGAUACGGAGUCUUCAUAUGGUAGAAAGAGUGCGAACUGUGAUUCUACACAAAGAUGACAGAAAACCAAAGAUAAGGGGAAGACACUACAUUUAUAGAAACAUAGAGAACCCCAAUCCUUCACCAGCUGAAAUAGAUGUCCUGUUAACAGACCAUGUGGAUGGGCUUGGAAUCAUGGGUGAUAUUGUGACUGUACCUAAACGACUGUGGAGAAAUUUCCUAUAUCAAGCUCAGUUAGCCACAUACCCUACACCUGAAAAUAUAGUAGAACUAAGUCAUGAAAUGCAGGCAUUGGGAGAUAAUGCAGCCAUUCUCAAACAGCUUGGAAAAUUCAGUCGCAUAACUCUUCAGAAAAUACGAGGACUAAAUCUUCCUGUGGAGUUGAUGCCAAGCAAGACAGGCUGGACCCUAACCAAGGGACACAUUAGAAUAGCUCUUAGAAAAGUGGGUAUUGCAGCUACUGAAGAUUCCAUAACUUUACCUGAGGACCCAGAAAUGAAAACACCAGGGGUGUUUAUCUUCACAAUAACGAUGAAUGAAGCAGUGUCCCUGAAGGUACGUGGUACUUUGGUGGAGCGCCCCCUGGUAUUUGUAGAGGAAAGCCCUGCUGACAAGAUCCAGGUCUGGAAUAACCCCCCAGUGACCCCAGAUGAAGAGUUGAACCCCGUCAUUAGAAAGUUUCUCACCACCCCUGCCAUUGAUAUUGAUGCAUUUAGAUUAAGACCACCUAAAAAACCCAAGGUUCGCAACCCAAAUGUAGACAAACAAAUAUUGUUAAGAGAAGCUAACAGGUGAUUUCAUCUAUCUCAGUCUGAUAAGUGCAGAUUGCAUCCAUUUCUUAAGAGAAGACAGUUUUUCUUAUUCACUGUGAACAUGAUGCACUGAGUAAAAAACGUGAAUGUGAAUAUCAUAUUUACAUGUAUGUCUUUUUGGCAUGUGUUUUGAAUUAUGAAGUGUAAACUUUAAUGAUGAACAAGUUACCAAAAUUAAAAAUAAACUUUUAUUUAUACAUGUAA